AUGACCGUUGAACUCAUACCUGCCCCUCCCAAAUCUGUCCUCGGCCUUCCAUCUCCGAUGAAGAACCCCCCACUAUUUAUCCCCCACGCACAAAUUGUUCUCCAAACUCCGACCUCGAAACUCGUCUCGAUCACCCGCAACCAAGAUCCGACCAUGAUCCCUCCGACCAUGACCGCCGGACUCAGUGAGUGCGACUCCAGAACAGUCUUCCAGACGGUGAACGGCUCCUACACGUUCGUGAUCACCAACUUCUCGGAGGCCCAGUCUCGGGGAGUGGGCCAAUUCGUGUCCAGCGACGCGUUUGCCGUUGGUGGCUAUGACUGGACUAUCUACUUCUACCCUGGCGGCAUGAGCCCAGAAGACAGCGAGUAUUCAUCGGCCUUCAUCGCCCUGAUGACCGACGACUCGGACGUGAGGGCGUUGUAUGAGCUCAGGGUGGAGGACCAGAGUGGAAACGGGAACCACCAGGUCUUCACCCUUUUCCAUCACCCCCUUGUGAAGGGCCCGCACACGCUCAUGUACCGUGAAAACAUGUGGGGAUACCCUCGGUUCUUGAAGAGAGAUGAUCCUGAGACGUUGCGCUUCAUCAAGGACGACCGCCUCAUCUUGCAGUGCACCAUCGGAGUCGUGAAGACCCAAGUUCAGGGGCAGAGACACUACAGAAUUGCCAUUCCGCCGAAUGACAUGGGUCAGGGUCUGAAGGCCCUGUUGGAUUCUGGAUUGGGAACUGACAUAAACAUCAUAGUUGGCGACAAAACUUUUAAAGCCCACAAAUUAAUUCUCGCCGCUCGAUCUCCGGUAUUCAGAGCCCGGUUUUUCGGUCCUAUGGGCGACAGCAACAUAGAGAAACUCGUUGUGGAGGACGUUGAUCCUUCUAUUUUCCAGGCAAUGUUGGAAUUCAUCUACACAGAUGAGUUUCCGGACAUCAGCCAAAUUGCUGGCUCGAUCUCUCCUUCUACAUAUACCGAUGCAGUGCUACAUCUAGUGGCUGCCGCUGACCGCUAUAGUCUCAAUCGCUUGAUACUACUAUGCGAGUCAAAGCUGAGUGAGCGGAUCACUGUUGACACGGUAGCAUCAAUAGUCGCGCUAGCUGAUCAACACCAGUUCCACAAGUUGAAGGCAAUAUGCUUGAAUUUUGCUGCGAAUCCGGCGAACUUGGGAGCAGUGUUGAAGUCGGAAGGCUUUAGGCACCUGGAGAGUAAUUUCCCUUCGCUGUUGUCGGAGCUUCUCUCAACUGUCCCCUGGGUAGGAACGACGGCAGCAUGGUCGAGCAAAGGCCAUGGACGGGGAAACCAUCGAUGA